CGGAAGUGAGUUUCAGGGCCUCCACGUGCUGUCCCUCCCCCCUCCCGCCCCAGUAGCGGCUGCUCGGCUGCUGCCAUGGAGCUUGCCGGCCUGGAGCAGAUCCUGCGGGAGCUGCUGCUGCCGGACACCGAGCGUAUCCGCCGGGCCACCGAGCAGCUCCAGACCGCUCUUCGAGACCCGGCCGCCCUGCCGGCGCUCUGCGACCUGCUGGCCUCGGCGGCCGACCCUCAGAUCCGCCAGUUCGCAGCCGUGCUGACCCGCAGAAGACUAAGCACCCGCUGGCGACGGCUGACGGCGGAGCAACGAGAGAGCCUCAAGUCCCUGGUCCUGUCGGCCUUUCAGAGAGAGACCCAGCACUCUGUGAGCCUUAGCCUGGCCCAGCUCUCAGCCACCAUUUUUCGAAAGGAAGGCUUAGAGGCCUGGCCUCAGCUCAUGCAGCUUCUUCAGCACAGUACCCACAGCCCCCACGUCCCAGAAAGAGAGAUGGGGCUUUUGCUGCUAAGUGUGGUGGUGACCUCCCGGCCUGAGGCCUUCCAACCCCACCACCGGGAGCUUCUUCGGCUUUUGAAUGAGACCCUUGGAGAGGUGGGCUCUCCUGGGCUCCUUUUUUACUCCCUGCGCACGCUGAGCACCAUGGUCCCUUACCUGAGCACUGAUGACGUGCCUCUUGCACGGAUGUUGGUGCCCAAGCUCAUUGUGGCCAUGCAGACUCUAAUCCCUGUGGAUGAGGCCAAGGCCUGUGAAGCUGUGGAGGCCCUGGAUGAAUUGCUGGAGUCAGAGGUGCCCAUCAUCACCUCUCACCUCUCUGAGGUCCUCACAUUCUGCCUAGAGGUGGCUAAAAACGUGGCUCUGGGUGAUGCAAUACGUGUACGUAUUCUCUGCUGCCUUACUUUCCUGGUUAAAGUCAAGAGCAAGGCCUUGCUGAAGAACCGUCUCUUGCCACCCUUACUACACACCCUGUUCCCCAUUAUGGCUGCCGAGCCCCCAUUGGGCCAGCUGGAUCCUGAGGACCAGGAUUCAGAAGAGGAGGAGCUGGAGAUUGGCCUGGUGGGGGAGACUCCCAAGCACUUUGCUGUACAGGUCAUGGAUAUGCUGGCACUACAUUUGCCCCCUGAGAAGCUCUGUCCCUUGCUGAUGCCCAUGCUGGAAGAGGUCUUGCGGAGUGAGAGACCGUACCAGCGCAAGGCUGGGCUCCUGGUGCUGGCUGUACUGUCCGACGGAGCUGGUGACCACAUCAGACAGAGACUGCUGUCCCCACUGCUGCAGAUCGUGUGCAAGGGCCUGGAGGACCCAUCACAAGUUGUACGCAGUGCUGCAUUGUUUGCCCUGGGCCAGUUCUCAGAGAACCUGCAGCCCCAUAUCAGCAGCUAUUCAGGGGAGGUGAUGCCACUGCUCCUUGCCUACCUGAAGUCAGUGCCUCCUGGGCACACAAACCACCUAGCCAAGGCCUGUUAUGCCCUGGAGAAUUUCGUGGAGAACCUAGGACCUAAAGUGGAGCCCUACCUUCCUGAGCUGAUGGAGUGUAUGCUGCAGCCUCUCAGGAAUCCCAGCAGCUCCCGGGCCAAGGAGCUGGCAGUGAGCGCCCUGGGGGCCAUUGCCACGGCAGCCCAGGCCUCCCUGCUACCCUACUUCCCCACCAUUAUGGAGCAUCUGCGGGAAUUCCUGUUAACCGGCCAUGAGGAUCUUCAGCCUGUGCAGAUCCAGAGCUUGGAGACAUUGGGGGUACUGGCUCGAGCAGUGGGGGAGCCCAUGAGGCCCCUGGCUGAGGAAUGCUGCCAGCUGGGGCUGGGCCUAUGUGACCAGGUAGACGACCCUGAUUUGCGGCGCUGCACGUACAGCCUGUUUGCAGCCUUAUCGGGGCUCAUGGGUGAGGGCCUGGCGCCGCACCUGCCACAAAUCACCACACUCAUGCUGUUGUCGCUGCGUUCCACUGAAGGCAUUGUGCCUCAGUACGAUGGAAGCGCCUCCUUCCUUCUGUUUGACGAGAGUGAUGAGGAUGACGAUGACGAGGAGGAGCUCAUGGACGAGGAGGACGAGGAGGACUCAGAGAUCUCAGGGUACAGUGUGGAAAAUGCCUUUUUCGAUGAAAAAGAAGACACCUGUGCUGCUCUGGGUGAGAUCUCUGUGAACACCAGUGUGGCCUUCCUUCCCUACAUGGAAAGUGUCUUUGAAGAAGUAUUCAAGCUGCUGGAGUGCCCUCACCUGAAUGUGCGGAAGGCAGCCCAUGAGGCUCUGGGUCAGUUCUGCUGCGCGCUGCACAAGGCCUGUCAGAGCUGCCCCUCAGAACCUAACACUGCAGCUCUGCAGGCUGCGCUUGCCCGGGUGGUGCCAUCCUACAUGCAGGCAGUGAAUGCAGAGCGGGAGCGCCAGGUGGUGAUGGGCGUGUUGGAGGCGCUGACGGGGGUGCUGCGCUGCUGCGGGCCCCUUGCGUUGCAGCCCCCUGGGCGUCUUGCUGAGCUCUGCAACAUGCUCAAGGCUGUGCUGCAAAGGAAGACAACCUGUCAGGACACUGACGAGGAGGAAGAGGAAGAGGACCAGGCUGAAUAUGAUGCCAUGCUGCUGGAACACGCUGGAGAGGCUGUCCCCGCCCUGGCAGCUGCAGCCGGGGGUGACACCUUCGCCCCCUUCUUUGCUGGCUUCUUGCCGCUGCUGCUGUGCAAGACAAAGCAGGGCUGCACAGUGGCGGAGAAGUCCUUUGCAGUGGGGACCCUGGCAGAGUCCAUUCAGGGCCUGGGUGCUGCCUCAGCCCAGUUUGUGUCUCGGCUGCUCCCGGUACUGCUGAGCACUGCCCGGGAGGCAGAUCCCGAGGUGCGGAGCAAUGCCAUCUUCGGGCUGGGUGUGCUGGCAGAGCACGGGGGCCGCCCCGCUCAGGAACACUUCCCCAAGCUGCUGGGGCUUCUGAUGCCCCUCCUGGCACGGGAGCGCCACGAUCGUGUCCGUGACAACAUCUGUGGGGCCCUUGCUCGCCUGCUGAUGGCAAGUCCCACAAGGAAACCAGAGCCCCAGGUGCUGGCUGCCCUGCUGCAUGCCCUGCCACUGAAGGAGGAUUUGGAGGAGUGGGUCACCAUCGGGCACCUUUUCGGCUUUUUGUACCAGAGCAGCCCCGACCAGGUCCUAGAUGUGGCUCCUGAGCUCCUGCGCAUCUGCAGCCUCAGUCUGGCUGACAAUAAGAUCCCACCAGAUACUAAGGCCGCCCUGCUGCUGCUCCUGACAUUCUUGGCCAGACAGCACACAGACAGCUUCCACUCAGCACUGGGCUCAUUGCCUGGUGACAAAGCUCAGGAGCUCCAGGCCGUCCUGGGCCUCACCUAGACUGGGCUGCAGCAGGACCAGAGAGAACAGAGCCGGCCUUGGCCCCAGUGCAGCUCAUGCCUUACCAAAGAUUCUGGGCCUCAUAACCACUUGGAGACUCAGCCCUGUCCGCUGCCUACAUCUCCGGAUCUGUUCUGCUGUGGGACAACACGAACGGAGCCUUGACCUCCUACCCUAAUAAAGGCAGUUCAACUUCUGCUUGAAAACCA